AGCUCAGAGACCUCACACACUUCACACACACAGUUUAACACACACACACACACUCAGAGUGAGUGAGAGCUGCUGAUGAAGAUGAAGGAGCUGCUCCUCGUCCUCUCCUGUGUCCUCAGUGUCUCUGCUGAUGCUCUACACAAGGACCUUCAUAUCGAUGGCUGUUCAGACUUUGAUGGAGAGUUCAUGUUUGGACUGGAUGGUGAAGAGCUUGCCUACACAGACUUCAACAAACAGACAUUAGUCUACCCUCAACCACCUUUUAUUGAUCCUAUGAGAUACGAGGAAGGAGCAUAUGAACUAGCUGUGGCUGAACAACAGACCUGCAAACACAACCUGCAGGCUUUUGGUAAAGGGAUGAAGGACUUUCCUCUAGAACGCGAUGCUCCUUCAGCUGUGAUGAUCUACACCAGAGACGAGGUGGAGGUUGGAGAGAAGAACACUCUGAUCUGUCAUGUGACCGGUUUCUAUCCUGCUCCUGUCAACGUCUCCUGGACCAAGAACGGAGAGAAGGUGACUGAAGGAACCAGCAUCAACGUUCCCUAUCUCAACAAAGACGGGAGCUUCACCCAGAUCUCCAGACUGCAGUUCACCCCACAGCUGGGAGACAUCUACAGCUGUGCAGUGGAACAUCUGGCUCUGCCCCAGCCAACCACCAAGAUCUAUGAGGUGGAGGCGUCUCAGUCUGCUCCUGGUGUUGGACCUGCAGUGUUCUGUGGAGUGGGUCUGACUGUGGGUCUGCUCGGAGUGGCUGCUGGAACCUUCUUCCUCAUCAAAGGAAACGAGUGCAGCUGAUUGGCUCACAGUGAUGAUGUCACAGUGGUUAUAUAAUGAGCUCAUAGUCAGUGAUUGUCCUAAAGUUGUGUUACUGUUUGCUGUGUGUAAGUGUACAGAAAGUUCACCUGUCAGUGAUCCUCAGAGGCUGAUUCCUCUGUUCUCUCUCCUACCUGUUCACCUGUUCACCUGUUUCACCUGAGCUGCUUCACAGGUGUGAGCUGACUGUUCUGUCUGUGAUCAAUAAAGUUUCUCUGUGGAGUUCAAACUCAAAGCAAACAGGAAGAAUCAGUUUGUGAUUUACUGAUGUUUCAUACUUUCAUACAUCAAUAAAGAGCGUCUCUAAUAAACCCA